CAGAGAGUAAGACAGCACUGAGAAAUGAGGAUACCAGGUCCAACAUAUGAGCAGUGAGUGGAUAAGAGAAGAAGACAACAGCAGAAUAUUUGGCAGAUGGCAGUGAUGUUGCUAAUGAGGACCAAGCAGCAGUCAUCCAGUGCAUCACAGAAUGGAAGGCCAUUACCUCUCCAGAUAGAGAGACCCUCAGCUGCUGCUGUCCAUCUUGGUCCCUGGGUAGCACCCUGCUGCUGGCACAGAGAUAUGACAUAUCAGAGAGGAUAGAGGCAAGGGAACAAAUUGUCCUGAAGCUAAAAAGUUCACAGGUCCUCAGUUGAUUCUUGACAGGUCGUAGCUAGCUCAGGGUCAGCUAACAGAUGACCUGGCACUCACUCUCCUCCGAGGCCUUCAGACUGGGGCAAAUCACAAAGUUGGACUACCAUUUUGAGACCCUAGUGGAUGGCAAGUGAGGCAUCUGUACUGUCAGGAAAUACUGCAGAAAUCUUUUGCUGAACGUCUAAACCCGUCCCAAAAUGACGGAAAUUGUUGAGGAAUAUGAGGAAUUUGAGGAGGAGGAGGAGAUUGAGGAAGAGUAUUAUGAGGAGAUUACAACGUCGACUGUCACUGAGCAAAAGAGUCAGUUCUCUCAGCCUGGCUUGCCCACCAGGAAAGUCAGGAAGAGGGUCAAGGUGGACACUUCAAAGUUCAUGACUCCAUACCUGGCCCACAGCCAAAAAAUGUUGGAUCAGUUCAGCCAUAACAAGUACCGGCAAGCGUAUGACCUGUCCAGAGGAACUCCUCCUGCUUUGGCCACGGAUACCCCUGAAAUGAUUCGCAUCAGGAAGGCCCAGGAGCAGCUUAGUGAGGUUAAAUACCGCAUGGAGGGAAAUAAGGCUCGGACAACAAGCUUGUAUGAUGGUGAGGCCAAAGAGGUCCAGCAUGUCAAACGUGUGUCUGAACUGAUGAGCAAGGUUCUGUACAGGCAGAAGUGGGAUGAGUGUAAGGACCGGUACCUGCUGCCUCCUGAUGCUCCUGAGCUGGUCCAGGCUGUGAAGAAUGCUGCUAACUUCAGCAAAAAACUUUACACUGAGGACUGGGAUGCAGAGAAAACCAUGUUCUACCCGUACAGCGACAGCCCUGAGCUGCGCAGGGUGGCCAAGGCUCAGGAGGUCCUCAGUGAUAUUCAUUACAAGAAGGGUCAUGAUGAGCGUAAGGCCAAGUACACCUCCUUGGCGGAUCCUCCUGAAGUGGAGCUGGCCAAGAGAGUGGCCAAUCAGCGCAGUGAUCUCAAGUACAAGGAAGAUUACAAUAAAAAUGUGAAGGGUCAAUGGUGCGAGACACCAUACUUUGACGUGGCCACUGCCAGGGUGGCGAUGGAAAACCUCAGCAACAGAAGAUACACGCAAGAUUUUGAAGACAUCAAAGACCAAAUUUAUUUCAUGCAAACGGACACGCCCGUUUAUGACACGAACAAGAAAGCUCGUAUUGCUGCCAGUGAGGUCCAAUACAAGAAGGAAUACGAGAAGAAUAAAGCGCAGUCUGACUACAACACGCUCCCCGCCACAGAGAAUCCUCUCCUCAGACAGCUCAGAUAUGCUGGCACCAUCCUGAGUGAUAAAGUGUAUAAGGCCAACUAUGAGAAAUCCAAAGGUUUCAGCAUCAACUAUUGUGACACGCCCAAGUUUCAGAUGGACUCCGUACUUAAACAGUUCAAUGAUGCACAUUACAAAGAUAAGUAUGAAAACGAAGUGAAGGGCCAUUACAUUGGCAGCUAUGAAGAUCUCUAUAUGCUUCACUGCCAGAAAGUUGAGGAAAUGAAGAAUGAGCAAUUGUACAAAGCUGAAUAUGAAGACAUAAAGACAAGAUGCUUCUACCCUCAAACACUGACGCCUGAAUAUGAGGCUACUAAGAAGCUUCAGCAGUGUAAUGAUAAAGUUUACCGGCAACAUCCAGACAAAGUGAAAUUUACACAAGUGGAGGAUUCACCAGUUAUGGUUCAAGCCGCCAUCAACGCCAAACAGCUAAGUGAUCUGAACUACAAGGCAAAGUAUGAGCAAACGAAGACCGAGUCUCACCUGCCCCCAGACUAUCCCUUCUUCAUCCAGUCCAGAGUAAAUGCUUUUAACCUCAGUGAUAACUGUUAUAAGUAUGACUGGGAGAAAGCUAAGGCAAAAAAGUUUGAGAUCAAGGGUGAUGCAAUUUCGAUCCUCGCUGCCCGUGCUCACACAAACAUUGCCAGUGAUGUUAAAUACAAGAAGGAGUAUGAGAAGAACAAAGGACACAUGGUUGGAGCCCUCAGCAUCAAUGACGAUCCCAAGAUCUUACACUCUGUUCAUGUGGCCAAAAUCCAGAGUGAUCGUGAAUAUAAAAAGGACUAUGAAAAGAUUAAGACCAAGUACCACACACCACUGGAUAUGAUGUCAGUCACCCUGGCCAAGAAAUCCCAGGCAAUUAGCAGCAUGGCAGGGUACAGGAGCAUCAGCACCAACUUCUUCCUUCCCCCUGAUGCCGUGCUUUUGGAUUUGGCCAAGAAAGCCAACAUCAUCCAGAGUGACAAUGAAUACAAGGCUGACUACAACAACUUCACCAAAGGUACCCCGUGGAUCCCCUUUGGCUCCAUGGAUGUGGAAAAGAAUAAGAAAGCUGCAGAGAUCCUUAGUGAGAAAAAAUACAGACAGCACCCAGACACCAUCCCCUUCACAUCCAUUGACGACCACCCCAUCAUGAUGCAGGCCAAGGUCAACCAGCUCCAGAGGAGUGAUCUGUUCUACAAGAGAGGUCUGGAGGAGGUUCAUCAGAAGUACUCUCUGCCUCCUGAUGUCCCUGAGUUCCUCCAGGCCAAGUGCAAUGCCUACAACAUCAGCAACAAAUACUACAAACUUGCCUGGCAGGAGAGGAUUGCUAAAGGUUAUGACAUGAAGCCUGAUGCCAUCUCUGUUAUCGCUGCCAAAGCUGCCAGACAUGCUGUCAGUGAUGUCCAGUAUAAGAAGGCUUAUGAGAAGGCAAAGGGCCACCAUGUUGGCUUCCGCAGCCUCCAGGACGAUCCCCUGCUGGUUCACUACAUGGAGGUGGCUAAGAUGCAGAGUGACAAGAACUACAAGAAGGACUACCACAAGGCAAAGCUGAAGUAUCACACACCAGUUGACAUGAUGAGUCUUGCUCACGCUAAACAUGCCUCUACAGUGCAGACGUUCGCGGGCUACAAGCAGCACCAUCACAAUUACAGUCUUCUGCCUGACUCCAUGAGCCUGGGCCUUGCUCGCACCAUGAACCAAAAUGCCAGUGAUUUUAACUAUAAACUGGAUUAUGAGAACUCAGUCAAGGGAACUGGUUGGGUUCCCAUUGGCUCUCUGGAGGUGGAAAAAGCCAAGGCAGCAGCAAAGGCUUUGGAUGAGAAGAAAUACCGUCAGCACCCUGACACCCUCAAAUUCACCAGUACUAUUGACUCCAUGAGCAUGGAACUGGCCAAAGCCAAUGCCAAGAUCAUGAAUGUGAAAGAGUAUAAGGCCAGUGGAGAGAAGUUCAUGCACACUUACCAUCUCCCUGCUGAUGCUCCUGAACUGAUGCAAGCCAGAUAUAAUGCUGUAAACAUCAGCCAGAAUUACUACACCUACGAUCAUCGUCAAGAUCUGCUCAAAGGACAUCAUGUGAAGGAAGAUGCUAUUCCCAUUGUUGCAGCAAAGUCCUCCAGAGACAUUGCCAGUAAUUACAAGUACAAGCUGGCUUACGAGAAGGCAAAGGGCCACCACGUUGGCUUCCGCAGCCUCCAGGACGAUCCCCUGCUGGUUCACUACAUGGAGGUGGCUAAGCUGCAGAGUGACAAGAACUACAAGAAGGACUACCACAAGGCCAAGCUGAAGUAUCACACACCAGUUGACAUGAUGAGCAUGGCCCAUGCUAAGCAAGCAUCUGCUGUUCAGACGUAUGCUGGUUACAGAAAGAUCCCUCACAACUACUUCCUACUGCCUGACAACCUGCACCUACAGCUCUGUCGCAACAUGAUGGAAAUUCAGAGUGAUAACGUCUACAAGUCAGAAUACAACAACUGCUCUAAAGGCUUAGGGUGGGUUCCUAUUGGUUCUCUGGAUGUUGAGAAGGCCAAAGCUGCUAAAAAUGCACUGGAUGAGAGAGGCUACCGCCAGCAUCCCAGUUCUUUGAAAUUCACAAGCAAGACCGAUGCGAUGAACAUGGUUCUGGCUAUGGGCAACACCAAGACUAUGGACAAUGCUGCAUACAGAGCUUCUGGGGAGAAGUUCAUGCAUACCUAUAAUCUGCCAGCUGACAGCCCUGAGUUCCUUCAGGCUAAAUUCAACGCCCAGACUGUUAGCGAGAGUCACUACAAGCAAAAGUGGCUGGAAGAUAUCGCCAAGGGAUACGACAUGAGGCCUGAUGCUAUUCCUAUCCUGCAUGCCAAGCAAGGCAGACAUAUUGCCAGCAAUGUCCAAUACAAAAAAGACUAUGAGAAGGCAAAGGGCCACCACGUUGGUUUCCGCAGCCUCCAGGAUGAUCCCCUGCUGGUUCACUACAUGGAGGUAGCCAGAUUGCAGAGUGACAAGAACUACAAGAAGGACUACCACAAGGCAAAGCUGAAGUAUCACACACCAGUGGACAUGAUGAGCAUGGCCCAUGCUAAGCAGGCCUCUGCUGUUCAGACAUAUGCUGGUUACAGAAAGAUCCCUCACAACUACUUCCUUCUGCCUGACAACCUGCACCUACAGCGCUGUCGCACCAUGAAUACUCAGUCAAGUGAUUGUGACUACAAAUCUGAAUGGAACAACUGUAUCAGAGGUAUGGGAUGGGUACCUAUUGGCUCUCUUGCCGUUGAGACUGCUAAAGUUGGCAAUGAUAUUCAGAGUGAGAAGAAGUAUCGCACUCAUCCAUCCAACUUCAAGUUCAGCAAACUGAUGGACUCCAUGGAUGUAGCUCUGGCUACUGCCAACAACAAGAUCAUGGACAAGCAAGCAUACACUGCAGCUUGGGAGAAGGACAAACUGACAGUCCACAUCAUGCCAGAUGCCCCUGAGAUUGUCCUAGCCAAGGCUAACGCUCUCAACAUGAGCAAUAAACUUUACAAAGCUGGUCUUGUGGAGAUGGCCAAUAAGGGCCACAACCUCAAAGCAGAUGCCAUCCCAAUUCUGGCUGCCAAGUCUGGUACCACCAUUGCUAGUAAUGUCCAGUAUAAGAAGGCUUAUGAGAAGGCAAAGGGCCACCACGUUGGCUUCCGCAGCCUCCAGGACGAUCCCCUGCUGGUUCACUACAUGGAGGUGGCUAAGAUGCAGAGUGACAAGAACUACAAGAAGGACUACCACAAGGCAAAGCUGAAGUAUCACACACCAGUUGACAUGAUGAGUGUGGUCCAUGCAAAGCAGGCCUCUUCUGUUCAGACAAUGGCUGGAUAUAGACAGAUCCAGCACAGUAAUGCCCUCCUCCCUGAUGCCAUGAACUUCGUGCUGGCUCGCACAAUGAAUAUCCAGUCUAGUGAUUGUGACUACAAAUCUGAGUGGAACAACUGUAUCAGAGGUAUUGGAUGGGUACCUAUUGGCUCUCUUGCAGUUGAGACUGCUAAAGUUGGCAAUGAUAUUCAGAGUGAGAAGAAGUAUCGCACUCAUCCAUCCAACUUCAAAUUCAGCAAACUGAUGGACUCCAUGGAUGUAGCUCUGGCUACUGCCAACAACAAGAUCAUGAACAAGCAAGCAUACACUGCAGCUUGGGAAAAGGACAAACUGACAGUCCACAUCAUGCCAGAUGCUCCUGAGAUUGUUCUGGCCAAGGCGAAUGCUAUCAACAUGAGCAAUAAACUUUACAAAGCCGGUCUUGUGGAGAUGGCCAAGAAGGGCCACAACCUAAAAGCAGAUGCCAUCCCAAUUCUGGCUGCCAAGUCUGGUACCACCAUUGCCAGUGAUUAUAAGUACAAGCUGGCGUACGAGAAGGCCAAAGGACACCAUGUCGGCUUCCGCAGCAUCAAGGAUGAUCCUCUGCUGGUUCACUAUAUGGAGUUGGCCAGAUUGCAGAGUGACAAGAAUUACAAGAAGGAUUACCACAAGUCCAAGCUGAAGUAUCACUCCCCAGUUGACAUGAUAAGUGUGGUCCAUGCCAAGCAGGCCUCUGCUGUUCAGACUAUGGCUGGAUACAAGCAGAGAAUCUCCCACUACACUGUCCUGCCUGAUGCCAUGAACCUGCAACUAGCUCGGAACAUGCAGAUCAUUGCCAGUGACAACCAGUACAAGAGUGAAUAUGAAAGCUUUAUCAAAGGAAUAGGAUGGGUUCCUAUUGGAUCGCUGGAUGUUGAGAAAGCCAAAACAGCUGGCCAGAUUCUCAGUGAGUCCCGUUACCGUCAGCAUCCUAGCAACUUCACAUUCACCAAGGACAUGCACUCCAUGGAUCUGGCACUGGCCACUGCCAACAAUCAGAUUAUGGAUAAGCAAUCCUACAACAAAGCCUGGGAAACAGACAAGACUACGAUCCACAUCAUGCCUGAUGCAAUGGACAUUGUCCUUGCCAGAGGAAACAAGAAGAACGUCAGUGAGAAACUGUACAAACUGGACAAUGAGCUAUCCAAGAAGAAGGGUCACAAUCUUCGUGGUGACGCCAUUUCUGUCCAGGCUGCCAAAGCCUCCACUGCUAUUGCUAGUGAUUACAAGUAUAAAACAGGAUACCGUAAGCAGGUCGGCCACCACAUCGGUGCUCGCUGCCUCCAGGACGACCCUCUGCUCAUGCUGGCUCUGAACUCAGCCAAGAUUGCCAGUGAUGCCCUGUACAAGAAGGACUUUAUGAAGUCCAAGACUAAGUUCAACCUUCCAGUGGACAUGCUUUCCUUUGAACUGGCCAAGAAGAACCAGAUUCAGGUCAACCACGCCAACUACAUCACCCGCCUCCACAACUGGACCUGCCUGCCAGACUCCAAUGAUGUCCGUCAGGCCAGACAUGCAUAUGACCUCCAGAGUGAUGCUGUGUACAAGGAGGACUUAAAGAUGCUGCAGGGAAUUGGAUGGGUGCCUAUAGGUUCACUGGAUGUUGAGAGGUCAAAGACAGCUGGUGAGAUUCUGAGUGAUCAUAAGUAUCGUCAGCACCCAAGCAACUUCAAAUUUAAAAUGACCACAGAAGACAUGCCCAUUGCUUUGGCCAAGGAAAACGCUCGGGUUAUGAACAAGAAAGCUUACACUGAAGCCUGGGAUAAAGACAAGACUAGCAUUCACGUCAUGCCUGAUGCCAUGGAUAUUCUACUGGCCAAAGCAAACAAAGUCAACUACAGUGUGAAAACGUACAAGCAGGCUAAUGAAGAUGCCAAGAAGAAGGGAUACGACCUUCGUAAUGAUGCCAUUUCCAUUAUUGCAGCCAGGGCUUCCAGAGAUAUUGCCAGCGAUUACAAGUAUAAAACAGGAUACCGUAAGCAGGUCGGCCACCACAUCGGUGCUCGCUGCAUCCAGGACGACCCUCUGCUCAUGCUGGCUCUGAACUCAGCCAAGAUUGCCAGUGAUGCCCUGUACAAGAAAGACUUCAUGAAGUCCAAGACUAAGUUCAACCUUCCAGUGGACAUGAUUUCCUUUGAACUGGCCAAGAAGAACCAGAUUCAGGUCAACCACGCCAACUACAUCACCCGCCUCCACAACUGGACCUGUCUGCCAGACUCCAGUGACGUCCGUCAGGCCAGACAUGCAUAUGACCUCCAGAGUGAUGCUGUAUACAAGGAGGACUUAAAGAUGCUGCAGGGAAUUGGAUGGGUGCCUAUAGGUUCACUGGAUGUUGAGAGGUCAAAGACAGCUGGUGAGAUUCUGAGUGAUCAUAAGUAUCGUCAGCACCCAAGCAACUUCAAAUUUAAAAUGACCACAGAAGACAUGCCCAUUGCUUUGGCCAAGGAAAACGCUCGGGUUAUGAACAAGAGUGCCUACAUUGAGGCCUGGGAGAAAGAGAAGACGAAGAUCCACAUCAUGCCUGAUGCUAUGGAUGUUCUUCUAGCCAAAGCAAACAAUGUCAACUACAGCUUGAAAAAGUACACACAGGCACAUGAAGAUGCCAAGAAGAAGGGUUACGAUAUGCGCAAUGAUGCCAUUUCCAUCAUUGCAGCCAGGGCUUCCAGGGACAUUGCCAGUGACUACAAGUAUAAAACAGGAUACCGUAAGCAGGUCGGCCACCACAUCGGUGCUCGCUGCAUCCAGGACGACCCUCUGCUCAUGCUGGCUCUGAACUCAGCCAAGAUUGCCAGUGAUGCCCUGUACAAGAAGGACUUCAUGAAGUCCAAGACCAAGUUCAACCUUCCAGUGGACAUGCUUUCCUUUGAACUGGCCAAGAAGAACCAGAUUCAGGUCAACCACGCCAACUACAUCACCCGCCUCCACAACUGGACCUGUCUGCCAGACUCCAGUGACGUCCGUCAGGCCAGACAUGCAUAUGACCUCCAGAGUGAUGCUGUGUACAAGGAGGACUUAAAGAUGCUGCAGGGAAUUGGAUGGGUGCCUAUAGGUUCACUGGAUGUUGAGAGGUCAAAGACAGCUGGUGAGAUUCUGAGUGAAAGAAAGUAUCGUCAGCACCCAAGCAACUUCAAAUUUAAAAUGACCACAGAAGACAUGCCCAUUGCUUUGGCCAAGGAAAACGCUCGGGUUAUGAACAAGAGUGCUUACAUUGAGGCCUGGGAGAAAGAGAAGACGAAGAUCCAUAUCAUGCCUGAUUCUAUGGAUGUUCUUCUUGCCAAAGCAAACAAUGUCAACUACAGCUUGAAAAUGUACAAGCAGGCAAAUGAAGAUGCCAAGAAGAAGGGUUACGACCUUCGUAAUGAUGCCAUUUCCAUCAUCGCAGCCAGGGCUUCCAGGGACAUUGCCAGUGAUUACAAGUAUCAUACAGGAUACCGUAAGCAGGUCGGCCACCACAUCGGUGCUCGCUGCGUCCAGGACGACCCUCUGCUCAUGCUGGCUCUGAACUCAGCCAAGAUUGCCAGUGAUGCCCUGUACAAGAAGGACUUCAACAAGUCCAAGACCAAGUUCCACCUGCCAGUGGACAUGCUUUCCUUUGAACUGGCCAAGAAGAACCAGAUUCAGGUCAACCACGCCAACUACAUCACCCGCCUCCACAACUGGACCUGCCUGCCAGACUCCAAUGACGUCCGUCAGGCCAGACAGGCAUACGACCUCCAGAGUGAUGCUGUCUACAAAGCUGACCUGAAGUGGCUCCAGGGUUUGGGCUGGGUUCCCAUUGGCUCACUUGACGUGGAGAAGGCCAAGAAGGCUGGAGAAAUUUUGACUGAUAGAAAGUACCGCCAGCACCCCAGCACUGUUCCCUUCACCAGUACCACAGAUGCCAUGAACAUUGUACUGGCAAAGAAUAACGCUUUGACUAUGAACAAGCGUCUCUACACAGAGGCAUGGGAGAAGGAUAAGACCAGCCUGCACAUCAAACCUGACACUCCUGAGAUAAUCCUCUCUCAGCAGAAUGCUAUCAACAUGAGCAGGAAACUUUACAGACAAGGCUUUGAGGAAACCAUCAAGAAAGGCUAUUUCCUCCCUCCUGAUUCAAUCUCUGUCAAGGCUGCCAAGGGUUCCAGGGAAAUCAUCAGUGAUUACAAGUACAAGACAGGAUACCGUAAGCAGGUCGGCCACCACAUCGGUGCUCGCUGCGUCCAGGACGACCCUCUGAUCAUGCUGGCUCUGAACUCAGCCAAGAUUGCCAGUGAUGCCCUGUACAAGAAGGACUUCAACAAGUCCAAGACCAAGUUCAACCUGCCAGUGGACAUGCUGAAUCUUGAGCUCGCUAAGAAAUGUCAGAUUCAAGUCAACCACGCCAACUACAUCACCCGCCUGCACCAGUGGACCUGCCUGCCAGAUUCUAAUGAUGUGGUCCAGGCAAGGAAAGCCUAUGAUCUGCAGAGUGAUGCUGUAUACAAAGCUGACAUGGAUGAGGUUAUAGGUGUAGGAUGGGUCCCCAUUGGUUCACUUGAUGUGAUGAAGGCCAAGAACGCUUCAAAAAUUCUCAGCGACCGUCUGUACAGGCAGCCACAAGACAAACUGAAAUAUACAACAGACAUGACCUCUAUGUCCAUGGUCUUAGCCAAAUCAAAUGCUGACAUAAUCAACAAGAAGAACUACAUUGCUGCUUGGGAGGCUGACAAGAUAAAGAAUCACGUGUCCGCUGACCUACCAGAGCUUUUGCUUUCUAAAGCCAAUGCUUACAACAUCAGCAGGAAAAUGUACAGGGAAGGUGUUGAGGAGAUCUUCAAGAAGGGCUAUGAUAUGAAGCCUGAUGCUAUAUCUGUUGUUGCUGCCAAACGUGGAAGAGAGAUCAUCAGUGAUUACAAGUACAAGACAGGAUACCGUAAGCAGGUCGGCCACCACAUCGGAGCCCUCAGCUGCCAGGACGACCCUCUGAUCGUGCUGGCUCUGAACUCAGCCAAGAUUGCCAGUGAUUUCCUGUACAAGAAGGACUUCAACAAGUCCAAGACCAAGUUCCACCUGCCAGUGGACAUGCUGAAUCUUGAGCUUGCUAAGAAAUGCCAGAUUCAGGUCAAUGACUUCAACUAUAGAACUCAUCUGCACAACUGGACCUGCCUGCCUGACUCCAACGACGUGGUCCAGGCAAGAAAGGCCUAUGACCUGCAGAGCGAUGCUGUGUACAAGGCAGACAUGGAAUGGAUCAAGGGAACAGGUUGGGUGCCAAUUGGUUCAGUUGAUGUGGAGAAAGUCAAGAAAGCAGGAGAGAUCCUAAGUGACAUUAAGUACCGUCAGCAUCCAAGCAACUUCAAAUUCACUGCCAAAACAAGCGACAUGCCAUAUGCCCUUGCUCAGGCCAAUGCUCAGAUCAUGGACAAGAAAGCGUAUGUUUCUGCCUGGGAGAAUGAUAAGAUCAACCUUCACGUCAUGCCUGACACCCCAGAGAUCGUACUGGCUAAGCAGAAUAAACUCAACACCAGUCUGAAAUAUUACCGUGAAGGCUAUAUGGACACCAUUAACAAAGGCUACUUCCUUCCCAAAGAUGCAAUUUCUGUUUUGGCAGCCAAGACCUCCCGAGACAUCAUCAGUGAUUACAAAUACAAGGCUGGUUUCCGCAAGCAGUGUGGCCAUCACAUUGGUGCCCUCAGUGUUAACGAUGACCCGCUGUGUUUGUUGGCCGCUCAUGUAGCCAAGAUUUCCAGUGACAACGUCUAUAAGAAAGACUUCAACAAGACCAAGACCAAGUACCACCUGCCUGUGGACAUGCUGACAAUUGAGCUGGCCAAGAAAUGCCAGCAGCAAGUGAAUGACUUCAACUACAGAACUCACCUACACCAGUGGACCUGCCUGCCAGACUCCAGUGAUGUCGUUCAGGCGAGGAAGGUCUACGACUUACAGAGUGAUGCCGUGUACAAAGCUGAUCUGGAAUGGCUGAGAGGAUGCGGCUGGUCGCCUCAGGACUCAGUGGAUGUCAUCAAAGCUAGAAAUGCCCAGACUAUUCUCAAUGACAGGCUGUACCGACAGCCCCCAAGCACCGUCAAGUUCACCAGUGUAGUCGACCUCCCAGCUAUUGUCUUGUCUAAGCAAAAUGCUGACAACAUCAGUGAUAGGAAAUAUAGAGAAGUCUGGGACAAAGACAAGCUCAGUAUUCACCUGCCACCUGACACCCCCACCUUUGAGCUGUCCAAGGCCAAUGCUGUCAACAUCAGCAAUAAACUGUACUCAAAAGCUUGGGAUGACGAGAAGGCCAAAGGCUACCAUAUCAAGGAGGAUGCCAUCUCUGUGUUGAAGGCUAAAGCUUCCAGAGAUAUCAUCAGUGAUUACAAGUAUCAUACAGGAUACCGCAAGCAGGUCGGCCACCACAUCGGUGCUCGCUGCGUCCAGGACGACCCUCUGAUCAUGCUGGCUAUGAACUCAGCCAAGAUUGCCAGUGAUGCCCUGUACAAGAAGGACUUCAACAAGUCCAAGACGAAGUUCAACCUGCCAGUGGACAUGCUGAAUCUUGAGCUGGCCAAGAAAUGCCAGAUUCAAGUCAACCACGCCAACUACAUCACCCGCCUGCACCAGUGGACCUGCCUGCCAGAUUCUAAUGAUGUUGUCCAGGCGAGGAAGGCUUACGACCUGCAGAGCGACGCUGUGUACAAAGCUGAUUUGGAGUGGAUUCGAGGAUGUGGAUGGAUUCCACAUGAGAGUGUGGAUGUUGUGAAGGUGAAGCAUGCACAGAAGAUCCUGGCUGAUAGAGGCUAUCGUGUCAAGUUGGAUGAACAGAAAUUCACAGUUCCAACCGACAGAGUCGACUUGGUCUGUGCCAAGAAUGCUGCUGAUGUCCUCAAUGAGGCCAGCUAUCGUGAAGCCUGGCACCAGGACAAGACCAAGUACUCACUGGUGGACACUCCAAUCCUUGCCACAGCCAGAGAGGUGGCAAAGAACAUUCACCCGAAACUGUACACCAAAGAUUGGGAUAAGGUCAAAGCCACAGGCUACUUCAUGCCUGGAGAUGCUGUACCAAUCAAGCAGUGCAUCCAAACCACUAAAGUGCAGAGUAAUCACAAAUACCUUGAGGGAUACCGUAAGCAGGUCGGCCACCACAUCGGUGCUCGCUGCGUCCAGGACGACCCUCUGCUCAUGCUGGCUCUGAACUCAGCCAGGAUUGCCAGUGAUGCCCUGUACAAGAAGGACUUCAACAAGUCCAAGACCAAGUUCAACCUGCCAGUGGACAUGCUGCAGUUUGAACUGGCCAAGAAAUGCCAGAUUCAAGUCAAUGAUGACAACUACAGAACGCGCCUCCACCAGUGGACGUGCCUGCCAGACCAGAAUGACGUCAUCCAGGCCCGCAAAGCCUAUGAUCUUCAGAGUGAUAAUAUGUACAAGGCUGAUUUGGAAUGGAUCCGUGGUUGUGGCUGGAUGGCAGCUGACUCUGUUGACCAUGUCAAGGUCAAGAGGGCCCAGGAGAUACUCAAUGAAAGGUUCUACAAGAAGAAUGCCAAAGAAUGCUUUGGAAAAUUCACCCUGAUUGUGGACCGCCCUGAGCUUGUCUUGGCGAGGGUCAAUGCUGCCAACCUCAGUGACCUGAAGUACAAAGAAACUUUCAAUGCAGAAAAGGGUCAGUACAUUGGUUCAGAAGACACUCCUCAACUGGCCCAUAGCAGGGAGGUCAACAAGAUCAUCAGUGAGAAACUCUACAAAUCGGCCUGGGACGACUCUAAGGCGACAGGCUACCAGCUGGACCAUGAAUACAUCCCACUUGUCUCUGGCAAGAAGGGCAGAGAUAUUGCUAGUGAUGCCAAGUACAAGGAUGCCCAUGAGAGGGCCAAGGGUCACUACAUGGCUUCUACCCUGGUGGACUUCCCUGAGGUGAUGCGCUGUGGAGACCAGGAGAAGAACAAGGGACUGAGGGUCUACCAGAAGGACUACCAUCAGACCAAGACCAAGACCCAUCUUCCACCCGACAUCAUCGCUAACCAGGUAGCCAAGCGGUGCCAGGACAUGCUGAGCGACGUUCUCUAUCGCACCUACCUACACCAGUGGACUUGCCAUCCUGAGCAGGAGGAUGCCAUUCGUGCCCGCAAGACCAAUGAGAUUCUCAGUGAUGUCUUCUACAAGGAUGACCUGAACUGGAUGAAGGGUAUUGGUUGCUAUGUCUGGGACACACCAGAGAUCCUCCGUGCCAAGAAGUCCUACGAGCUGCAGAGUGAUCUUAAAUACAGAGACGAGGCCAAGAAAGAGUUCAACAAUUACUCAAUUGUGACGGACACCCCAGUUUAUGUGACUGCUGUCCUGGGUCACACCUGGGCCAGUGAGCUGACCUACAGGGAGGCUUAUCAUAAGGAGAAGCACCUGUACACCACUGUUCUUGAUACCUAUGACUACGCCAGAUGCCACAACUUCAAGCACUUCUUCAGUAAUAAAAACUACAGUGAGGCCUGGGACAAAAUCAAAGCCAAGAGCUACCAGAUUCCACAUGACUCCCAUGCCAUGCAACACGCUAAAAUCCAGAAAGUCAUUCUCAGCCAAGUGAAGUACAAGGAGGAUUAUGAGAAGUUCAAAUCCCUCUACAGUCUGCCCAAGUCUCUGGAGGAUGAUCCCGCCACUGCUCGCUGCGUCAAAGCUGGGAAGCUGGUCCUGGAUCGCCUGUACAAGGAGAACUAUGAGAAAACCAAGGCCAAGAACCACAUCCCCGCAGACAUGCUGGAGAUCCUGUCUGCCCACAACACCCAGGCCUCUGUUAGUGAAAUCGGCUACCGCAAGUACCUGCACCAGUGGAUAUGCUUGCCUGACAUGCAGGUGUACGUCCAAGCACGCAAAGUCAACGAGCAGCUCAGUGACAUCUUCUACAAGGAUGACCUGAACUGGCUGAAGGGUAUCGGCUGCUACGCCUGGGACACACCAGAGAUUCUUCGUGUCAAGCAUGCUGGUGAUCUUCAGAGCGAGAACAAGUACAGAGCCAAAGGAGUUGAGGCUUUCAAGGAAUACUCAGUGGUGACCGACACUCCCGUGUAUGAGACGGCCAAGCAGAAUGCUGAGAACCUGAGCGAUCUGCACUACCGUUAUGACUAUAACACCAAUGUCAAGGGUACCAACACUGCUCCUGCUGUUACUAUUGAUACAGAAAGGGCACGCCUGGCCAACUACAUCCAGAGCGAUAACUGGUACAAGGAGGCCAACAAGAACUUCAUGCCCACUGGUUACUCCCUGCCAAACGAUACCCCGCUCAUCAAGCAGGCUAAGAAGAACAGUGUUGUCACCAGCAAUGUGAAGUACAAGGAGGCUUAUGAGAUGACGAAGGCUAAAGCCUACACUCUUCAUCCAGAGGGUGUCAACUUUGUCAACUCAAGGAAGGCUAACAAGAUCUCCAACGAACGUCUGUAUCGGGAGACUUACCACAAACAAAAGGACAAGAUCCACACAACCUACGACACCCCUGAUAUCAGACAAGUCAAGAUGAAUCAGGAACACCUCAGUGAUUUGUGGUACAAAGAGAAAUACAACAGCACCAAAGGCCAGCUGAUUUCUAUGCCCAUCACACCCCAGCUGAUGCACUGCUACCAUGUCAAUGAGAUCACCAGCGACCUGAAAUACAAAGAGGACCUGUUGUGGCUGAGAGGCCUUGGCUGCUUCUUGUAUGAUACUCCAGAGAUGGUCCACGUGCGCAACAUCACCAAGCAAAGAGUGAACUAUCCAGUGGAUGCAAAGAAGAACCUUGCCAACUUCUCAGUGGUCCUGGACACACCAGAAUAUACUCGUGUGACUGAGCUUAAGAGCCACAUGAGCAACAUUAUCUACAAAGCCCAGAGCAAGGAGGAAAUGGCUAAAGUCACCACCACAGCAGAUGCUGUGGAAAUCCAGAGAGUCAAAUGGGCCCAACAGCUGACCAACAAGUACCUGUACACAGAUUUGGCUGCUAAGGAAAGAGCUCAUUUCACUCCAGAGUCUGAAACUCCACAGAUGGGCCAUGCCAGAAAGAUGAAAGUGGUGUGCAGUGAUAACAAAUACAAAGAGCAGUAUGAGAAGAUGAAGCACAGAUACACGGCCAUUGCUGAUACACCUCUCCUGAUCCGAGCCAAGAAAUCCUACUUCCAGUCCAGUGAUCUGCGUUACAAAGAGACCUUUGAGCUCUCCAAGGGCCACUACCACACAGUCAAGGAUGCUCUGGAUAUCACCUACCACCGCAGAGUCACUGAUGACAUCAGCGAGGUUAAAUACAGGGAGAAGUACAUCAACUCUCUGGGUACAUGGAAGUCCAUCCCUGACCGUCCUGAGUUCUUCUUCAGCAGAAUUGCCAAUGAAAACGUCAGCACUGUCAAGUACAAGGAGGACCUGGAAUGGCUGAGGGGUAUUGGUUGCUUUGUGUGGGACACACCUGAGCUGGUUCAGGCUGAAAAGAACAAGACGCUGUACAGUGAGAGACUGUACAAAGCUUCCUUUGAGAAAAACAGAGGCAACUUCAAGUAUACCUCCGACACUCCGUUCUUCGCAGCUGCCAGGAAUGCCUCUGUUCUCAUCAAUGAUAGAUCCUACAGAGCUAGUUAUGAGAAGAACAAGGAUAAGUUCACCAUAACUACAGAUGAUCCUAGAUACCAGCUGGCCAGGGAGAACAGGAAGAUGAGCCAGUGGAGGUACAGGGAGCAGUAUGAGCGUGCCAAGGACAAGUUCACCUCCAUUCUUGAAACUCCCGAGUAUGAGGCCCACAAACGCAGCAAGAAGAUCAGCGAUAUCAUUUACAAGAUGGAGUACAACAAGACCAAGGCUAAGGGAUACACCUUGCCUUAUGACACUCCACACCAGCAGCACAUGAAGAAGGUCAAGGAAAUCACCAGCAAUCUGAAGUACCGAGAAGUGUAUGAGAAGAGCAAGGCCCAGAUCAACAUGGACCCUGAGGCUCAUGAGAUCCGUGCUGCCAAGGAGGCCUACAAGAACAUCACCAAUCUUGACUACAAGAAGAAAUAUGAAGCCACCAAGAACAAGUGGAUCUGGACAGCAGACAGACCAGACUUCCUCAAUGCUGCAAAGAACUCCCUGCAGCAGAGUGAUGUUGAGUACAAGUAUGACAAAGAGAUGAUGAAGGGCUGUGUGAUCCCUGUGGUUGAUGACAAGUUAACUCUCCUGGCUAUGAAGAAUAAUGAAAUGGCCAGCACUUUGAAGUACAAAGAGAAGUAUGAAAAGGCAAAGGGCCACUACGUGCCCGUCAUGGACACUCCUCAAAUCCUCCAUGCCAAGGCUGUGCGCACACUUGCAUCAGAGAGCAAAUAUAAGGAGGCCAGUAAAAAGGACAUGCAGUCCGGCUCAUUCACAACCCUGUCUGAGACUCGUGACACUGCCCACAGCAAGAAUGUCAACAAGCUCGUCAGCGGGAAAUUGUACAAAGCCAAGUUUGAGAAGGAGAAGGGCAAGUCAGUGUACAACAACAUGGUUGUUCCACCUGAUGUUCAGCACGCCAUGUCAGUGGCCAAAACUCAGAGCAAUGUUUCCUACAAGAAGGAUGCCAAAGCCAACCUGCACUACACAAGUGUAGUUGAUCGUCCUGACAUAAAGAAGGCUACCCAGGCUGCCAAACUUAUCAGUGAGAUUGGCUACCGUGAGAAGGCCCGUGAAGAGGCCAGCCGUGGAGGCUCUCUGGCCCACCGCCCAGACAUUGCUCUGGCCACUAAGGUGUCCGGGCUGACCAGCCAGGUGGAGGCCAAGACCUCCCUCCAUGGAACAGCUUCCUAUGAUACCCCCCAGAUGCGCCACAUUAAGAAAAUGAGUGCCCUGACUAGUGAUGUGAAGUACAAAGAGAAGUUUGACAAAGAGAUGAAAGGAAAGAAACCACAAUAUGACCUGAAGGAGAGUAAGAUUUACAAGACUUUGAAGGACGCCAGUGCACUGGCUAGUGAGGUGAAGUACAAGGGUGACCUGAAGAAGAUCCACAAGCCUGUGACUGACAUGGCAGAGUCUCUGUCCAUGCAGCACAACCUGAGCACCAGCAAGCUGUCCAGCCAAUACUGCUACAAGAAGAAAUUUGAGGAGAGUAAGGGUCACUACCAUAUGAUUCCUGACACACCAGAACAGCUUCAUCUCAAGGAGGCUUCUGAACUUCAGAGCAACGUGAAAUACAAGGAGAAGUAUGAGAGGGAGAAGGGCAAGCCUAUGCUAGACUUCGAGACACCCACAUAUGUGACUGCUAAGGAGGCCCAGCACAUGCAGAGCCAGAAAGACUAUAAGAAGGACUAUGAGGAGCACAUGAGGGGCAAGAACCUCUCAGGCUUGGAGGUCACCCCCGCCAUGUUACAUGUCAGACACGCCACCAAAAUAGCCAGUGAGAAAGAGUACAGGAAGGAUCUAGAGGAGGGAGUGAAGGGUAAAGGGCUAACUUUACUGGAGGAAACUCCGGAGCUUUUGAGAGCAAGGAAUGCCACUCAAAUCCUGUGUGAGAGAGAGUAUAAGAAGUCGCUGGAGCAGGAGAUCAAGGGCAAGGGAAUGUUGGCUUUGGCCACAGACACUCCCGACUUCAUGAGGGCCAGAAACGCUACUGACAUCCUCAGUCAGACUAAGUACAAGCAUACCGCUGAGAUGGACAGGGCCAGCUACACGUCCGUCAUCGACACCCCCGACAUCAUCCAUGCCCAGCAGAUGAGGAACAUCGUAAGCCAGAAAAAGUACAAAGAGGAAGCUGAGAAGACCAUGUCUCACUAUGUACCAGUCUUGGACACUCCGGAGAUGCAGAGAGUCCGUGAGAACCAGAAGAACUUCAGCACUCAUCACUACCAGACUGACCUUAAAAACAUAAAGGGCAAAGUGUCUACUGUAAAGGACACUCCUGAAAUGCUUCGUGUUAAAGAGAAUACAAAGAAUUUCAGCUUGAUUCAGUACAAAGAGGAUUUGGGAUCAGGAACAGCUUUGCCCGAGACCCCAGAGAUGGAGAGAGUUAAACGCAACCAGCAGAAUAUUAGCACGAUACAGUACAAGGAUUCUGUGGGUCAAGGCACAUCCAUACCAGAUCUCCCUGAGGUGAAGCGGGUCCGAGAAACCCAGAAGAAUAUCAGCUUGUGUCAGUACAAAGAAGGAGUGGGCCACGGUACGUCAAUAUCAGAGACCCCAGAGAUGGAGAGAGUUAAACGCAACCAGCAGAAUAUUAGCACGAUACAGUACAAGGAUUCUGUGGGUCAAGGCACAUCCAUACCAGAUCUCCCUGAGGUGAAGCGGGUCCGAGAAACCCAGAAGAAUAUCAGCUUGCUUCAGUACAAAGGAGGAGUGGGUCAAGGCACGUCAAUAUCAGAGACCCCAGAGAUGGAGAGAGUUAAACGCAAUCAGCAGAAUAUUAGCACGAUAAAAUACAAGGACUCUGUGGGUCGUGGCACAGCUAUACCGGACCUCCCUGAGGUGAAGCGGGUCAGAGAAACCCAGAAGCACAUCAGCUCGGUGUUGUAUAAAGACGGUUCAGCCAAGGGAACUCCGGUGGUGUUCACUCCAGAGAUGGAGCGUGUCAAAAGGAACCAAGAAAACAUUAGCUCGGUGCUGUACUCCGACAGUUUCCGCAAGCAGGUGCAGGGCAAGGCCGCCUUCGUUCUGGACACACCUGAGAUGAGGCGCGUCAGGGAGACCCAGCGCAUCAUCUCUGGAGUGAGAUACCAUGAGGACUUCGAGAAGAGCAAGGGCAGCUUCACUCCUACCACCUCUGACCUGGUGACAGAGCGCGUGAAGAGGAACACCCAGGACUUCAGCGACAUCAACUACCGUGGCAUCCAGAGGCGCGUGGUGGAGAUGGAGAGGAGGCGUGCCAUCGAGCACGACCAGGAGACCAUCACCGAUCUGCGUGUGUGGCGCACAAACCCCGGCUCUGUGUUUGACUACGACCCCGCUGAGGACAACAUCCAGUCCAGGAGUCUGCACAUGAUGUCAGUGCAAGCUCAGCGUCGCAGCAAGGAGCACUCCCGCUCCACCAGCGCCCUGAGCGGCCUGGCUGAUGAGAAGUCUGAGGUGUCCCAGGACGCCGACCACCACAUGUCCCUCUACAGCAACGGCUUCAUGGCCUCCUCUAUCGGUUACCAGCAUGCUAAGACUGUGGAGGUGCAGCAGAGGUCCUCAUCAGUGGCCACCCAGCAGACCACAGUCUCCUCUGUCCCCUCACACCCCUCUACCACUGGGAAAACUGUGCGCGCCAUGUAUGAUUACAGCGCAGCUGACAACGACGAGGUGUCCUUCAAGGAUGGUGAUGUGAUCGUUAACGUGCAGUCCAUCGACGAGGGGUGGAUGUACGGCACCGUGCAGCGCACCGGCAAGACCGGCAUGCUGCCAGCCAACUACGUUGAGGCAGUUUAAAGACAAAGCCCGCCCACCAUCCCUCCAGAGUGGGCGAGACACAUCCACAGGGCAAACUGAUUGGUCUUCCUGUGAUCACGACCGUGGCUUAGUGCAAUGUGUAGCUUUGAGUUUCUCGUAGGUCUGUCACUGUAUUUUGAUUGUGUUGUAAUUCUCAUUAAUGAGUCUGUUUUCAUUCAUAUGCUGCUGCCCCCGUUGCCUGUGGAUGUGACAUAAGCAUCAUGAUAUGACACAUAUAAAUAUUUCUGAUUAUAAAUACUAUACUAUGAAUGACAGACUGUAUUAGAUUGCUGAAAGUGUUCUCCGACACUGUGUUGGAAAAAGCUAGAGAUUACAUGACAUCACAUACGUCCUGGCCCAUUAUAUUGUAAAUUUCAAAAAUAUUUAAUAUAUAAAACACUUUUUGUCUGAGUCCCACUGACAGAGAUUUUCUCAUGAAAACAGUGGGCUCAAAUAGUUCCAAUUAUGCCUUUAAUGGAAAUACUUAGGAGAGAAAAAGAAGUGAUUAAAAUAAUGAAACUUAGAAGGAGUCAAGAUACCAUCUACCUCCUCAAAGAAUAAACCACUCCUGAAGAGUUGUAUGAGACGAGCCUCAGUCUUCCCUCCUUUAUACUGACGGCUGGCCACUAGUAGAUUGUGUGUUUUGUUUCUUCCGAUUAUUAAAGAGUAAGGCGCGUCCUUUAAUCAGUAGCUAAUAAAGCACACCCAGCUCCUGCAACUCUCUGCCUCAUUCUUUUCAUUCUCCACUUCUCAACAUCAUCUCCCAUCUCAGAGCCUUUAAAGCUCCCACAUUACGCUUUUGUGUUAUCAUUCAGGUUUACAUGCUUUAAUGUUCAAAAAACACAUUACUUUUCUCAUAUUGUCCAUUGCUGCAGCGCCUGUUUUCACCCUCUGUCUGAACGCUCUGUUUUUGUGUCUGUCUCUUUAAGGGCCCCAUCCAUAAAAGCCCAGUCUGUUAUGAUCGGUGAGCUUUUACAGGUCGCAAUACAGGCUGCUUGCAUUUCCACUUGGAGUGUUUUGAUACUUCACAGUAUUUAUGUUAACACCUACAGCAGGCACAGCAUUGUGGGUGGCCCACACAGGCCUGGGCCCGCCCACUUGUACUGCGGGCCCACCAUAAAUGAACAGGAGACAGGAGAAUAUACAUACAGUCGUGGUCAAAAGUUUACAUCCACUUGAAAAGAACAUGUGCAAUCAAAUGUGCAUCUCAAACAUGUUGAAUAUCAUGGAAAAGUUCAUCUUUUUCUGUGAAUUAAUUCAAAAAGUGAAACAUAUAAUCAUAUAAUCUAGAUUUAUUACACAAUCUGGAUGUAAACUUUUAACCACGACUGUAACUGGGAGUGUUGGAUGUGUGUCUUGGUAUCUGGCAACCAAACCAAACGACCCUGCAAGUGCCUGACAUGUGUCACUCAUGUGUCAAUCAUCAUUCCAAGACAUUUGCACCCUGUCACACUUACUCAUCCUCUUCCACCCUGUAGACUGUAGUCCAGUCUUCAUUUUGAGGAGUCUUACACACAGUCUCGCAACAUAGUUAUUUUUAUGGUGUAAAAUUUAGAUUUUGAAUUUUGAUUGCUUUUCUCUAGAAAACAGAGGACCUUAAAAUCAAUGUAGGAAAGAUGGUCCGUUUCUAUUGAGACAACUUUGGCUUAGGAACUUGGCGUGUUUAAUUUCAACUAAGCCAUGUUAUCUGAUACUGUCAUAAUCUAGAGG